GGGCUCGGCGCGCCAUGGCCGUCGUGCGGGCGAACUCGCGCGCCCUGACUUCCCGGGUGGGCGUCGCCCGGCUCUUCGCCAUCGUCCUGGCCUGCGCCGCCUUCAGCCUGGUGGCCUCCACCGAGGACUACGACGGCACCUACGGGACGUGGUGCAUGUUCACCUGGUGCUUCUGCUUCGCCGUGACCGUGCUGAUCGUGCUGCUGGAGCUGCUGGAGCUCUACCCCAAGCUGCCCCUCUCCUGGGACGACUUCACCUCGGCCUUCUCCAUGCUGGCCGCGCUGAUGAUCUUCACCACCUCCGUGGUGUACCCCUCCGUCUUCAUCAGCAGCCCCUGCCGCUCCAACAAGUGCGUUCGCCAGGCCGUGGCCACGGCCAUGUCCUGCCUCUGCUUCCUCGCCUACGCCCUGGAGGUGGGGCUUACGCGCGCCAAGCCGGGCGACAUCAGCAGCUUCCUCUCCACCGUGCCGGGGCUCCUGAAAGUGUUUGAAGCCUACGUGGCCUGUCUCAUCUUCUCCUUGCUGGAUGAUGUCAGCUCCGAAGCUGGUCUGCAGUGGUGCGUGGCCGUCUAUGCCAUCUGCUUCGUCAUCACCCUCCUCAUCAUCAUCAUGACCAUCGGCCGGUGCCUCGCUUACAUGCCUUGCCCCCUGGAGAAGAUGCUGGUGGGCUACAACGCCCUGGCCCUGGUGAUGUACCUCACGGCCACCAUCCUCUGGCCCCUGUACAGCUUCCACAAGAGGAGCCGGCCCAGCUCCUGCGGCGUGAACUGCUGGUGGAACAGGCACCUGGGGGUGACCUUCCUCACCAUCUUCAACUUCCUCGCCUACCUUGUAGACCUGGUGUACUCCACCAAGAUGGUCUUCUUGACGGUGCCUUCGUAAGGGCUGGGGAGCUCCCGCCGCCGCGCCCUGCCCCGUGCUGCCCGCCGGGCUCGGGGUGCGCAGGGCCGCGGCGUGCCGGGAAGGGGAGGUGGGCGCCUGGCCGCGGUGGCCAGCAGCUCCCCUCGCGGGGCACGGGGCCCGCCGGGGUGCUUCGUCGUGGCUGGGCGCUUGCCGCGGGAGCCGAGGAAGAGGCCGCGGGCCGCCCGCUCCCCAGGGCGCCCGGGCGCCUCGGAAAGCUCCUUCUCCCCUUGCUCCACGAGGGGAGCGCCGCGGGGUGCAGCGGAGGGUGGG